AUCUCUGCAAGCUUUUUGCUUUAGUAGAAACGAGACCGGCAGUGAAAGCGCACAGAGACAUAAAAGGAGAGUGUUUUGGCGCUGCACCAACGCAAUAAAUAGGUAUAGAAAAAAAAAAAACAAAACACAACCACAACUACAUACACAAAAAAAGAAAUGGGCCGGUCCAGCUCAAAGCUGUUGGAAACGCCCAAUAAUCCUUUGCAAGAACUUCAAUUGGAGGAGCAAAAGCGGGAACAACGCAAACGCAAGCAGCAGAAGCAACAAAAACAAAUUGCGAAAUUACAAAAGAAACAAGCGAAAAAGACAAGAUGCAAACGCAAAUCGGAAGGAAAAGGCGGCAAGGACACCGCCGAAAAGCAGAUUUCCAUAAAAACGAAACGUGCCAGUGGCGGCGUAGCGGAGCGUACAAAUAGUCUAAAUUCGCAAAGUACCAGCUAUGAGAUAAAUAAAGAAGAAUUCAAUAGACAAAUUGAGCAACAAAUACAAAAUCAUCUGGAUAGUGAUCUCUGCGCAUUCGUAAUGAAUCAAGUGUCCUUGACGCAACAGUUUUUCGGAAACUAUGAAACUGAAUUGGCAGCCAUUUCUGAGGAACUAUUAGCCAAAGAGAAUGAAUUGAAUCAGAAUCUGGAGGAGCAUUCUAUACUACUGUCUACGCCCUUGGAUGCAGCGGUAUCAAAGUGGAUACAAUACAGGCCAAUUUGAUACCGUGGAGCACGAAGCUAUAGACUUGUCCGAACAA